AUGGAGCUGAGCCUCAGGAACAUUCUCAACAGCUUCGGGCAGCUAGAUGAGCAACGCCAGCCCGCCUUCCAACUGGGACCCGACCCGGAACCGUCUACCGUACCCAACCCCUUCGAUUUUGGGCACCUCUUCAACUCGCCGCUGGAUCUGGGUAUGGCAGCGUUGCGGAAUUCGAGCAAGACGUUGAAGUGCCCGAAAUGCAAUUGGCACUACAAGUACCAGGAGACGCUCGAGAUCCACAUGAAGGAGAAGCACUCGGAGACUGAGGUCCGCUGCCUCUACUGCGUGGAGAAUCGACCGCACCCAAAGUUGAGCCGUGGCGAGACCUACUCCUGCGGCUACAAGCCCUAUCGAUGUGAACUUUGCAAGUAUAGCACGACCACCAAGGGCAACCUGUCGAUUCACAUGCAAAGCGACAAACAUCUCCACGCCGUUCAGGAGCUGCCGAGUUCCUUAGUAAGUCAGAGCAUCACCGGACCGGGCGGCGCCGGCCAAGCAGCCUCCAUGUCGCAACAACAUUCUUCGCAAACGGAAAAAACGUUCUCGUGCGGAGUCUGCAGCAGUUUCACCACGGAUUCGUUGAGGGACAUUUUGGAGCAUGCUGAAAAAGAUCGUAGCGGAAUUUGCAUGGGUGACGUCUCGGCCGUGUCAGGCGUCUUCAUCUGCCACCUCUGCCCCUACAAAACCAACCUCAAAGCCAAUUUCCAACUGCACACCCGCACCGACAAACAUAUUCAACGCGUUCAGAUGGUGAACCACAUGCGCGAGGGGCAAACACACCAAAACGCAAAUCUCUGCCGGCUGGCCGCCUCGAAGGGCCCGUUCCAAGUGUUGUGCCGACCGUGUCAAGAAUUCUUUCCGAGCUCCUCCAUCCUCCGCGAGCACUGCGAGGGUGUUCAGCACCGUUCCACCCUCCGCCAACCGCUCUUCCAGAUGCUCAUCUCCUCUGCCACGACGCUCCCACCUGGCUUCCAAUCGAUGGUACUUGGAGUGAAGAUCCCCCAACAUGAA